UGUGACUGUGACGUCCACCUCGCACGAUCCCCCAUGAAGGGGAUUUAUCAUUUAUCGGCGACCAUGGUGAACUUGCUUGCAGGCGAAGCGGCGAAGGGACGAAAUUCCAAAAGAAGGAAAGAGCCCAGCUGAGUUGCCGUGCAUGCAGCAGAAUCCUCCUGGCACCUGUGCCUCGGAGCUCUGAAAAGGAAAAGGAAGAAAGCGGCGAGAUGACGGCACCCUCGUCAUCGUUCAAGGAAGAAGGGAGAGGAGGCGGAGGAGGAGGACGAAGUAGCAGUGGAACGCUGGGGUAUCGAAGGGUGCCGCUGAGGCGCCUCUUCCGAGCGGGGUCGGUGGCCUGCGGGGUCCAGUUCGGUUGGGCGCUGCAGCUGUCGCUGCUGACGCCUUACGUACAGGAACUCGGCAUCCCGCACGCAUGGUCGAGCCUCGUCUGGCUUUGUGGCCCCGUCUCCGGCAUGGUCGUCCAGCCGCUCGUCGGCCACCUGAGCGACCGCUGCGCCAGUCCGUGGGGCCGCCGCCGCCCCUUUAUCGCCGGGGGGGCCCUGGCCAUCGCCCUCGCCGUAGUUACCAUCGGCUACUCUUCCGAUAUCGGUUCCGUUCUCGGAGAUUCCUCGACAGCGAGGCUGCGGCCACGGGCGAUCACGGUGUUCGUGCUGGGGUUCUGGCUCCUCGACGUCGCCAACAACUUAAUCCAGGGGCCCUGCAGAGCUCUCCUCGCUGAUUUUACUGGAAAGGACCCAAGGAGAGCUCACCGUGCAAAUGCUUACUACUCAAUGUUCAUGGCUGUGGGGAACAUACUCGGGUUUGCCACUGGUUCAUACAGCUUGUGGUUCAAAAUAUUGCCCUUCACAUUGACUACAGCAUGUGGCAUCAACUGUGCAAAUUUAAAAUCUGCUUUUCUUCUCGGCGUGGUCAUUCUGGCUCUCACUACAUGCAUGACCCUAACAGCAGCUGACGAAGCACCACUAAAUGUCAGCAACCAUGUUGUAGAAAAUUAUGGGCAAGUGGCCUUUGAUGAAGAAGAAUCUCCAGAUCCUUCGUUUUGUGAACUACUUGGUUCUUUAAGAUACCUAUCACAACCAAUGUUGUUAAUUAUGCUUGUAACUGGAUUAAUGUGGCUUGGCUGGUUUCCCUUUCUACUUUUUGAUACCGACUGGAUGGGUCGUGAGGUUUAUAAAGGUGUUCCAUCAGGAAGUGAUGCAGUCCACAACUAUUAUUAUGUUGGAGUGCGCAUGGGGGCAUUUGGUUUGCUGCUUAAUUCUGUAGUCCUUGGCCUGUCUUCACUUGUAGUUGAGAGAGUAUGCAGAAAAUGGGGGACUGCUUUGGUCUUGGGCAUUUCAAACCUUAUUAUGUCUUUCUGCUUCUGGAUAAUGCUUUUGAUUUCAUUCAUUGUGAGCAAAAUGCAGUUUCAUGAUCCGGGGAUUCCUCCUAAAGGAAUUGUUGUUGCUGCAUUGGGUAUUUUUUCUCUUCUGGGAUUGCCGCUUGCUAUAACUUACAGCGUUCCUUAUGCAAUGAUAUCCACUCACACAGAAUCCCUAGAAAUUGGUCAAGGAUUAGCUAUGGGGAUAUUGAAUUUAUCUGUAGUAAUUCCUCAGAUGAUAGUGUCCUUGUUGAGUGGACCAUGGGAUCAGCUGCUAGGCGGUGGGAAUUCUCCCUCUCUGUUUGUGGGAUCUGCUGCAGCCUUUGCCAGCGGGGUAAUUGCUAUCCUCUAUCUUCCACAAUUCACUGCAGAAAAGUCCAGAGGCCAACCAUAACUCGACGUUAUCUCUUCACUAUGCAAAAAUGCAGACAUCCGCAGAAAGCAAAACGAAAAUGUAUAGAGAAAGCAAUAAUUGUGAAUUUUUAUUUGUUUGUGGCAAUGAAGCCACAAUUUAUGUCUACCCAUUUGCUUUUUAACUUUUCAAGACUAGGCAUCUUCAGAAAGGUAAUCGCAAUCCCGCUAUGGAUGGGGUCUCUAUCUGUUUGAUCAUGUGUAGUAGCUACCAUGUGGGUUGUUUUAGUUUUAUCACUCAUUGACUAUUCUCCAUGAUAUUCGUCAUGUUAUCAUGGCCCCAUAACUUUAUUAAAUGGAGAAAUCGUUCCUCAACCUCGAAGCAGAAGUUGAAAUCUUUGUGUCCUAUGUUGGGCAGUUCACAAGGGUGUCCACAUCCUUUGACGUAGCUAGGAGCCAAUGUAUUCCCGGCGCCUUCUGAAUUCUGGCCACAGUCCCAACCGAGAAGCUGGCAUUCAUCUUGUAACACAGAGGCCAGCAACAAUUGGGUGACAGAAAAGAAAAGAACACAACAAUCAAACAAGUUGCACAUGCCACAGGGAGCUCAAUUGUUGUUUGUUUCUAUUGUCUACGGACAAAAACUUUAUGUCGUAUGUGGUUUCUUCAACUGUGGUUCGUUUGU